GAGCUAAAGAGAGCCAAUAACAUAAAUGCACUGAAGAAAGAGCAUUAGUGUCCUCUGUGGUAGCUUUAGCCUUAUGGCCAUAUUUUCAGCGACUGUUUGAAGUUAGAACAGAACUGAAUGAAUAGUGGCUGGGACCACUUCUCAGAGUUCUAGCAACCCCAAGUUCAUGUGGUCACAAUUUGGGUGCUUGGCAACCAGCUCACGACCGAUUGCAGCACCCCACAAUCACGUGACCGCCUUUUGCAACCUCGCCUGCCAACUUCCCCAGAAAUCAGUGGGGAAGCUGGCAGGGAAUGUCACAAGUCACUGGGGUGUGUCUCUCCCACUCACACGCCUUCUCCCAGCCUUUCUGGGGUUGUGCUCAUGCACACCCUCCCUGACCCUUGCCCUGCCACCCUCCCAUAUCCAUUUUGACCUGUGUUCUCUCAACUACCCCCUUGCAUCCUUGUGGACCUUCUUGGACCCACACCAUGCCUCUCACACAUCUUUUGCACCCUGUUGCACCCUUGCUUACCCUCCCCUGAAUGCACCUCUUGCACACACCGUCCCCCAGCCUGUGCUGUGCCUUUCUCACAAACUCAUGUAUCCUUCCCCCCUGGAUUCCCUCCACCACUUGGCAGCAGUCUGCUUACUGGAUUGCAACUUUCUGACAUCUUCUCACUGACUUCACUAGUGGGAAGUUGGGGCUUCACAAACACCCUAUCUCCAGGCUUGGGAACAGAGCCUUAAGAGACGUGGAAGAUUUGGACAGUGGGAGUCAUGUACCUAAGUUCAUUAGGGCUUUCUUUCCCAGAGAAAAUGUCAACUUCUGCCAUGGAACCCCAGUCCCUUGAUGAGAGAGGAAGUUUUUUUAAGCUAAUUGACACAAUUGCUUCAGAAAUCGGAGAACUGAAACAGGAGAUGGUACACACAGAUCUGGCACUGGACGCUGGACGCACCAGUUUACCAAGCCUAGAGAAAGAUAUGGGUGAUGUGUGCCCGGAUCAGAAAGAUUUUGCAAAUAUCAUACGAGAUUCUGGAUAUGAUAGUCUCCCCAUUAAGCUCAGCAUACUAGAUAAACUUCUUCAUACCCACCCUAUCUGGUUACAGCUUGGCUUAAAUGAUGCUGAAGCAGUGGAAAUUCUACGCUCUCAACCUCCUGGAACUUUCCUUGUUAGAAAGUCCUCAAGAAUGCAGAAGAAAGUCUUGUCUUUACGCCUACCAAAUGAUGUAAAGGGAUUUUGCCUUAAAGAGUUUGCAAUAAAAGAAAGCAUCUAUACUUUUUCCUUGGAAGGCUCUGGAAUAAGUUUUGCUGAUUUAUUCAGGCUCAUAGCUUUCUACUGUAUUAGCAGGGAUGUCCUGCCAUUCACCUUGAAGUUACCUCAGGCAAUUGCAGCAGCAACCACAGAGUCUGAACUUGAAGAGGCUGUUCAGCUGGGAUUGAAUUUUUGGAGCUCUCCAGCUAACAACAAACUGCAAAAAUCUUCGCCCCUCCAGAAGCCUCUGCCUUCAGACAGCAUUUACAAAAGCUCCCAGCAACUCUGCCUCAUAAAUGGAGUUCAUUCUAUAAGAACUAGAACGCCUUCAGAGCUGGAAUGCAGCCAGACCAACGGAGCCCUGUGCUUUAUUAAUCCUCUCUUCUUGAAAGUGCACAGCCAGGAUGAUGGUGGAAAUCUGAAAAGAUCGGGUCCAAAAGCACAAGAUGUGAAUGGCCCUGAGAGAUCCUGUUCUCCCCCACCCAGGCCUCCCCCACCUUCUAUUCAUAGCCUUCUCGCACACCCUCAGCUGUCCAGGACUACAAACCAGGCCGGUCUGCCAGGAACUGUCAGUCACAGCAAACACUCCAACUUGGACGUGAUACAGAAGAGGCCAACUCCUAUCCCACCGCCUCGCCUGAAAAAAAGGGCUCUCUCUUUAGCACAGAGCAAUGCAAAGAACUCAGCAGUAAACGAACCCAGCCAUAAUUUGGUGGAUGGCACAGAAACUGCCAGCAUUCCAGGUGGAGCCCCGCCUCAGCAGAACUUGGAGAGCAAAAGCAGCUUAGCUACACACCGUGAGUCACAAGUGCAGUGGAAUGGAGGCAGGCAAAGACUAAGCAACAUGAGCUUGUCCACAUCCUCCUCUGAUUCUCUGGAUUUUGACCGGAGCAUGCCGCUCUUUGCCUAUGAUGCGGAUACCAACAGCAGCCUGGAGGAGUUCGAGGGGGAGAGCGACCAGGAGAGCAUGGCACCACCCUUUAAGCCCAAGAAAAAAAGGAAUGGCUCGUUUGUGCUUCCCAAAAUCGUCAAAUCCCAGCUGAGGAAAAUGAGUGGCGUCUUCAGUUCCUUCAUGACCCCUGAGAAAAGGAUGGUUAAGAAAAUAGCAGAAAUGUCUCGAGACAAGCGUACCUAUUUUGGUUGCCUAGUUCAGGACUAUAUAAGCUUUCUGCAGGAGAACAAGGAAUGUCAUGUUUCCAGCACAGACAUGCUUCAAACUAUUCGGCAGUUCAUGACCCAAGUGAAGAGCUAUUUAUCUCAGAGUUCUGAACUGGAUCCUCCCAUUGAAUCUCUGAUUCCGGAAGACCAAAUAGAUGUGGUAUUAGAGAAGGCCAUGCAUAAAUGCAUCUUGAAACCCCUCAAGGACCACAUCGAGAUGAUGUUGAAAGAAUUCCACACAGCUGAUGGCUCAUGGAAACAGUUGAAAGAAAAUCUUCAACUUGUCCGGCAGCGAAAUCCUCAGGAGCUGGGUGUUUUCGUCCCAACACCAGAUUUCGUAGAUGUUGAAAAGAUUAAAGUCAAAUUCAUGGCAAUGCAGAAAAUGUACUCUCCUGAAAAGAAAGUUAUGUUGCUACUAAGAGUAUGCAAACUGAUUUACACUGCGAUGGAAAACAAUUCAGGGAGAAUGUAUGGGGCUGAUGACUUUUUGCCAGUGCUAACCUAUGUUGUGGCUCAGUGUGAUAUGCUGGAGUUAGAUGCUGAAAUUGAGUACAUGAUGGAACUGCUGGACCCAUCCUUGCUGCAUGGAGAAGGAGGCUACUAUUUGACAAGUGCAUAUGGAGCACUGUCCUUAAUUAAGAAUUUCCAAGAAGAGCAAGCAGCCAGGCUGUUGUGUUCAGAGGCCAGAAAUACUCUCAGGCAGUGGCAUAAGCGGAGAACAACAAACAGAACAAUCCCAUCUGUUGAUGAUUUUCAGAACUACCUACGAGUUGCAUUCCAGGAAAUCAACAGUGGCUGCACAGGAAAAACAUUGCUAGUGAAGCCAUAUAUUACUACAGAAGAUGUGUGUCAGCUCUGUGCUGAGAAGUUUAAAGUGGAUAAUCCUGAGAACUUUAGCCUGUUUCUUUUUAUUGAUGACACUUGGCAACAACUGACAGAAGAUACCUAUCCCCAAAAAAUCAAAGCUGAACUGCACAGUCGACCACAGCCUCAGGUCUUCCAUUUUGUGUAUAAACGCAUCAACAGUGAUCCUUAUGGGGCAAUAUUCCAGAAUGACAACCGUGACCAAAAUACAUAAAGAUAAUUAUUUUAAUUGUUAUAUAAACUGACUGGGAGUUGAAAUUAAAUGAUCAUAUUCUCUAAACCCUACUGAUUAGUACAAGUAUGAAUGAUGAAUUACCAUCAGUGAUUAUACAUAGUCUACAAAAAAUAUCGUGAUCCAGCUUUACGGGCUCUUUGAAAGCAAAAUAUAGCAUUCACCAAUUGUAACCUGGCACUGUGGCUUCUCAGAUGUUCUGCAGUGCCAUCAUUUGCAGAUCUGUAGAGGGUUUUAUUCAUAUCUUUAUUUUAUGCAUUAUUUUCCAUUGCAUAUGCAGUGGAUCCAACUUCUUUUAAACUAACUGUUAGGUUGACCAUUUAAUCAGUGUAUAAAUGCAUUAUUUUCCGAUGCAGAGCAUCAGUAAAAAUAUGGAUAACUGCCUUUUUUACAAAUAGUUGCUUUAUUAUUAUUUUAUUGAAAGCAACUUUUUAUAUAUAUAUUUCAAGAAAUUUUAUAGCAGUUGCAGGUAAACUGUCAUGUUUGUAAAGUAUUUUUUUAAUGAUAAAAUAUUCUAUAAUUAUGCAUGUGAUUUUAACACAAAAUAGAAAAUAAAUCUCUUGCUGGUUUUAGAGUAAGUGAUGUUUUUUAUUUAAUUAUGUAUUCAUAUCUAGCUUUCUAAAAUGUCAAACCAUAUUUUAAAAAAUGAUUUUGUAAGCAGCUUAUUUUCACAAUUGGUUAUUCAGACUUCAGUUAUAAGAUGGUUAUGUCCGACAGUCAUGUUUUUGGAAAAGAUGGAUAUAUCAGU